ACAAAGCAAGCACGCAAGCGAGCAAAACGUCAUCGUGUCACAUAGCAGAAGGUUUGAAAAUUAUUAGCUUCUACAAGUAGGUAGCAGGAAUAAUUGGACGCGCCGCGCGAGAUGUGAAGAACAAAAUACAAAUUCGAUUGCGUAUCGGAAGCGAACCAGAAGUUUGUACGAAUCGACCACCUGCGAAUCGGCUUCUCCGGGAGGGAGUUAGACUGCCGAAAAAUAGAAGAGAACGUGCUCGGUGGUUCAGUGUUUCCAGACACGGUCUUUGUCAUUGGACUGGAAUACGACUCGGGCAACCAUAUGGAGAAUAGGAUAACAAUCGUGGCAGAAAAUUAUUGAAUUUACUAGUCAAUUCGGAUCAUACUACAACAGUUGCAGGCAUGAUACCCACCGGAAACAGCUAUUAGAGCUCUUCAAAAAAUGUACUUUGCUAUCAUCAGAUAGGAGUAUUCUUCCACCCUAUUUCCAAUAAUCACAGAUCGACCAAAAUACACCGCGCCAUAUCAUCUAGAGCCUCUUCCACCCAACUAAACCCACAAACAUUCACACCAAACGGCCCAUUAUGACCAACAUCAAGUAUGAACGGGUCAAGCAAACAAUCGAUCACGAACCCCAGAACGAGGAAAUCGAACUGGAAGGUGAGACUCAAGUGCGCCGCCAUGGUCUGGGCGGAUCCAAGAGCCACCAUCAGUACGUGAUGGCCAGUAGCCGAACGCCGGGCGGAACAGGACCCACCGCGAAGCGAAGAAGCUUCACCUACACCAUCAUCGUGACGCUGAUCCUGAUCCUGUGCUACUUUACGCUGUCGAUCGGUCUCACCUUCUACCAGCAACGUCUGCUACAGGAGCUUAAAUUUCCCCUUUCGGUGGUGCUGUACCAUCUCUGCGUGAAACUAGUCUUGUCCGCGGUGGUACGCAUGAUCCUGCGGUGCGCCACCAAGCGGAAACGCAUCGUGCUGGACUGGAGAACUUCGGUGCGGAAGAUACUACCGACCGGGUUGGCCAGUGGGAUCGACAUCGGGUUCUCCAACUGGGGACUGGAGUUGGUGCAAAUUUCAUUAUAUACAAUGACCAAGUCCACCACUAUAGUAUUUAUUUUGAUAUUUGCCAUUUUACUAAAGCUGGAGAAGAAGAGCUGGUCCCUGGCGGCCAUCGUGGUGAUGAUCUCCGGCGGAUUAUUCCUUUUCACGUACAAAUCGACCCACUUCGAUGCGCUCGGAUUCUCGUUCCUGCUGUUUGCCUCGCUGUCCAGCGGAAUCCGUUGGUCGUUCGCCCAGCUGAUCAUGCAGAAGUCCAAGCUGGGUCUGCACAAUCCGAUCGAUAUGAUCUUUCACAUGCAGCCGUGGAUGAUACUGGCCGUACUGCCGUUUACGAUUGGUUUCGAAGGAAAACGUUUAUUGGAGGGCUUUGAAGUUGUACUGCAAACAGAUACCUCAAUCGUGAUGAACAUGUGGCUGAAAAUUUCUAUAGGUGCGUUCAUUGCCUUUGCUAUGGAAGUGAGUGAAUUCCUAGUGCUGUGCAGCACAUCCAGUUUGACGUUGUCGGUUGCCGGGAUAUUCAAGGAAAUUUGCCAGCUGGUCCUGGCGGUGGAGCUCUACAACGACCAGCUCAGCCUGGUCAACGUGCUCGGUCUGGUGAUGUGCCUCGGUGGCAUCUGCUGUCACGUGGUGCACAAAUUUUGGACCUACACCGACGAGCAACAGUCAACGGUGGACACCUACAGCGGGUACGAUGAUGACGAAGACGAACCCGGCGCCCCCGCUGGCGCUAGUAAAAAUGGCCUCUCGUCGCCCAAGUACAAUCCAAAGUUUGACCUCACGACCACGGCACGGUUCAACAAGGCCUCAGCCCAACAUCGACCGCUGCUAGUGAAUGACAAUAGGGACGCGGACGAUUCGGACCACCUGGUGGUGAACAAUCGGAACUACGUGUCGGACGAUAGCGACCAAGGCGAACACGAGUCUCAGGAUGUGCUGUUCGAUAUACUGAAAAGACGCGAGCGAUAACUUCGGCGAGGCUGAACUGGCUUGAAGAACCUUAAACCACAAACCUUAAACUGCACCACAAAGACUACUUUUUUGCCUACCUAAAAACUUUUAUUUGUUAACUCUACGCUUAUCGACCAUUCCUGGCAAGAAUGGAAACUGAAUUUAAAAUUCCAACUGGUUUUGUUAUGAUAUUGUACAUUCGUUUUUAGUAACUAUUAGUUAAUUAAUACUUACAACAGUGCGAUGGCAUUUUAUAUUGAUAAAUAUUUAUGUGAUUUACUUCCACCGUUCCCACCACGAUCGACGGUGGAAGCAUUUGUGAAUAUAUAAAUUUACUAUAACAAUACAGUGAACUACAUCGUUUAAUUAGGACAAAACAUCAUUUUCGUUGUAACGGCAUUUAACUAAGAUUUAGGUACAAUGGUUACCACAAAAUUAGGUGACAUAAAUUUCCACAUUUUCACGUGAAUCGUGAAAAUAUUUAAUGAUGCGUAUUUAACACAAAAAUGUAUAACAAAUGAUAAUGAAAAUAACCUGAUGUGAACACGAUCGUGAUAAUUGCUUAUGUUCAAAAUUUGUUUUGUAUCAUGGAUUACUGGAAACACUCGCCAAUGUGUCGUGCGCUCGUAAAAUAUAUGUACACACCUUUUAAGUUUAUGAAUCAAUGUAUUGAAACGAGAAAGAAAACCAACCCGUAUAAUGGAAAUAUAAAGUUCUCUCGAACAGUA